CUAACUUGUGCGGACUGUGGUUAGGAUUCCCUCUUCUACCUGCCCCCUACACUCUCAGCGCCCACCCUCCCACUUCCACUCAUGGCUGGACACGAGUGGGACUGGUUCCAGCGAGAGGAGCUGAUAGGACACAUCAGUGACAUCAGGGUCCAGAACCUGCAAGUUGAACGGGAGAAUGUACAGAAAAGAACGUUUACCCGAUGGAUGAAUCUACAUUUGGAGAAGUGCUGCCCACCGCUUGAAGUGAAAGAUCUGUUUGUUGAUAUUCAAGAUGGAAAAAUCCUGAUGGCUUUAUUGGAAGUCUUGACAGGGCAGAGAUUGCUCCACGAGUACAAAUCCUCAGCUCAUCGCAUAUUCCGGCUCAACAACAUAGCUAAGGCGCUAAAGUUUCUGGAAGACAGCAACGUAAAGCUGGUAAGCAUCGACGCAGCAGAAAUUGCAGAUGGGAAUCCCUCGCUGGUUCUUGGCUUGAUCUGGAACAUCAUCUUGUUCUUGCAGAUUAAAGAACUCACAGGCAACCUAAACCGAAUGUCGUCUUCAUCUAGUUUAUCCUCGUUGCCCAGCGGGACCGAGUCGGAAACGUCUCAGCCCAGCACUCCCAGCACGGAGAAAAGCUUGUCCGUUUCAAUUAAGGAUCAGCGCAAAGCAAUCAAAGCGCUUCUCAACUGGGUUCAACAAAGGACAAGAAAGUACGGUGUGGCCGUUCAGGAUUUUGCCGGUAGCUGGAGAAGUGGUCUUGCCUUUUUAGCCAUAAUAAAAGCAAUAGAUUUCAGCUUGGUGGACAUAAAGAAAGCUUUGGAGAGGUCUUCACGAGAUAACCUCGAAGAUGCCUUCAACAUCGCUGAAAAAUCUCUCAAUAUACCCAGACUUUUGGAGCCCGAAGAUCUCAUGGUUGACUCACCUGAUGAACAAUCCAUCAUGACGUACGUCACUCAAUUUCUCGAGCACUUCCCAGAGCUCGACGCUGACGAUUAUAGAGAGAAUAAAAGGGAAGAUCUCCCACUGGAAAUGACGUACGUGCAUUAUAAGGAUGGACCAACGGAAGAGGAAGGCACGAUUAUAAAUGUGGAUAACAAUGAGAAUGGCAACCAUGUCAUGCAUUUGGACAAAUCCCAUAUAACUCCUACAGACAUGCACCACUGCAUGAAAUACUCCAUAACAGAAGAACCGAACAUCCACAAAAAUCCUUCGCCGCCGUCAACAGAUUACAAACCUUUUCCUCCGCUGGAAAGAGAUGCUAAGGGCAGAUUUCCUAUCACGAACGGAGGAGGAACGCCAAAGAACAAUUUUAAUAGGUCUGUAAAAACACCCGGAACAGUAUCUGCUGAUGGCAGGAAAGCCAUCGUAGACAGCUACGUGCCGAGCUCAGGUGAUGCCAAGGAGCCAUUUUACAUCACAAAUGGAAAAGGUCCCACCAACGACAUUGACUGUAUGGCUGAAAGUCCGCUUUCGUCGGCAUCAGCAGAGCAAGAGCUAAAUUACGAGGUUAGCGACGACCGCUUUUCUUCUUUGGAAGAUAUUUCCAUGGGCCCAGAAACGAGACCAAUUACUUUAUUUAACGAAGAUAAUGUCAAACGUAAUAAUAUCUUGGAAAGCCGGAAGCCAGAUGAAGGUAGGCAGAAGCUGUCAAUAAUAUCUGAUAACGGUGAAACGUUAUCUCCUACUACUCCAGAGGAAGAAGUGGAUUUAUACAAGUAUGUGUUGCACGUUGCCAAGAACUCUCCGGACAGCGACCAUCCAAAACAGAAUACUGUGUUCCAAGCACAUAAACCGAGUACCGCCAUGACAGUAGAUACACCUGACCAUAAAGGAUCUCUUCAGAAGUCUUGUCUGAGCACACCUGAACCAAGUCCCCAACCUUUAAAAUCAGCUGAUACAGACGGCGCAGACGAUGCUAAAAUCUCUAUUAUCCCGCACGAUUUGUUUUACUAUCCUCAUUACAGCGUCCCCAUCUCAGAUGUCUUGCAAGCUUUUGUUGGAACCUCUCCAGAUGGUCCCAAACACAGCAAGGCUGCAGAUCCCUCGUCAACAAAGACACAAGAAGAGGAAAGUGAAACUAAUAAUGGCGGACCGUACAUGCAGACCACCCCCGAGAAGGGAAAAAAUAAAGGAAUUUUGACUACGGAGCCUGAGGACUACCCUUUAGGGACAGAAGAUGGAGUGUGGGAAAAGAUGUCCCCCCAGAUAGGUCAACAGACGGCCAGUAGCAUGUAUACCAUGGAUAAAUCCAACAAGGUGGCCUCCCGAGAAUCCGUCGAUGAUAUAAACAGCCACCCCUCGUCUCGUUUUGGUUCUACAGAGAAUAUUCAGAGCUCUGAAAGAGCUGGCGGACCCUGGAAGCUCUCGGACCAACCCACAUCAAAUAAUGGUGGACUCUCUCAGGGAAAGGAAUUCCAGGACAUAAUAGAACAAGGAGGUAUAUCGGAAGGUGGAGUGGGAGAAGAAAAGCUCAAAGACCCCUUAAUUAAUAAAUCACCUUGUAGUGAUACCAAUGGAAACGAGCGGUAUAUUCCAGGCCAAACGAAUUUUAAAGCCUUUCCCGGUGAGAGCGUGGAUAGGAAGUUUAUGCAUGAAACGGAAAUCAGGAAACGGAGGGUCGGCGACGUCCAAGCCGCAGAAAUGGAUGCUUCUGGCUUCGAAGACAACUACUCCGUGAGCCGCUCUCCAGACAUGUUCUAUGCUAUCUUUCUGCUCUGGGUCUUAUUCUACUGCAUGCUGAUUCUUCCUGAACUGGAUAUGAGCAAAGUUGCAUUUUUCUCAAACAACGAGUAAAAUCAGAGCGGUGGGUAGAAAGUAUCAACGACGGGCACGCUCCUGUAUCCGCGGGGUACUCUCCAGCAAUAAUUGAACCCCUUUUAGGCACCAAAAAGAUGGGGGGUUUGUUCAAUCCUUUGCUUGCCUACUUGGCAUUUAAGGAAGCGUGUAUUCAUAGGAGAGAGCACGGAAUGAGUGUGAGCAUAGCUGCAUGUGUCAAGUUUGUGCCUUUUUGUAAAUAACCCUUUCACUGCCUCUUUAUAACUCCACGGCUGCCAGAGACACUCAUAAUCAUUGCGAGACUACUAAACGUUGUAGCAAAUAUAAGAAAAGCAAUCAUUUGACCAGAUGCUUUCAUGUUUUAGCACAUUGUUGCCUGACUGGGGACCCUUCAAACAGUGGCCCUCAAGGAUUUCAGAGAAUCAGUUAGUAUGAGUUAGUCUUACGCUUUGUAUAGUAUUUUUCUGUGGGAAUGGAAGGUGAAAUGUAUAUCUGGGGUUCUUGGUUCUCGUGUGCAGAGGGAUUUGAAUUCAGAGUCUAGAAACGGCUAUUAGGUUGAUGUCCUCUAUGGGUCGAGCGAAUCUCGUACAUCUUUGCAUCCAGAAAU